CAGGCGCAAUAGAACCGCAAACAAGCGCGCGCCUAUCGGAUGUGUGCACUGGCUUGCUUUCUAAUAUGCGUCCUUUGUCCUUAACCGCCAUCUCUCUCUUCCCGCCUUUCUUCGUGUACAAGGAUGAGCAUCGAGCCCGGCGCAGACGACAUACACUACAGAAUUCACCACUUAUUUCUGCCACCCAAAUUACCGCAGAAAGACGACCGGUCCCCCAAAAGAGAUCGCAAUCUCAUCUCCAACUUCCUCGCCUGCGCUCAGGAAUUCCUCUCGGCGCUUCAAGAUGUCGAGGAUGUCGAGCCCGUCGCUGUUCAUAGCUGGAUCCGCAUCGUGCGGAUGCUCAAGAACGCCGGACGCGUCAAUCAAGGAGAGGGAGCGUCGAUGGACGCUCAACUGCUUGCAACAAUCGUCAACAGCAUGUCCCCUGGCGACUCCUUACCUAUACACGUUGGUGCACAAAACGCGGCUGUCAUUCUGCGGAAGGAUGACGUAGGGCUGACCUACGAGUCUUUCUUCGCGUCUCUUCCUACUGCCAAGGUCAUGCAGACCGUCGGCAAGGUCGUCGCCAGGUUUCCAGCCCAUCCUCGCUUGCCACUCCCAGCGAACCCCGAUCUCGCCAGGGUUUUAUGCAGCUACGUUGCGGAAAUGCACACCCUGGAAUUCCCGGACGCCAUCGCGCAGACCAAGAAGGCGGGCAACAAGCAGGCCGAAUAUCGCGAGUCGGCUUACCCACACUACGUUACCGAGUUCCUGUCGACAGUCGUGCGCAGUUUCUCGGGGGACCAACCCGACGAACGCCUGUCACACACCGACUAUGUCACGAAGCGCUUGGGUGAUCAUGUGCUCUGGUCCAGCGCGAAGCUCCCUUGGCGACGUUCACCGCUGCUCCUCGUGCUGAAGGUCGCGAUGCAGACCGCACUUGUCGACGUACCUGCACAGUACGGCUACAAGGCCUUCAUGACGUUCCUCCUCUGUCGAACGCUACGCGAGGCGGCGAUGGCUGGCACGGUAGUGGACGACCUGCUAUACGUCAUGAACGCCAAAGUCGCUCAGCGCAUAUACAAGCUUCGCCACACCGUGUCCGCCGACGUCUUCCCCAUCGACUAUGUCUGCAAUCAGAGCCGAAACAUCGCGCAGCUUCUGGAGGGCCGGUGGCAGGAACUGCAGCGAGCAGAGGCGCAGCCGAAGCGUCUCGCACCGCCCUCUGGGCAGGAGGUCAGAGAGGGCAAGACAUUCUCGCUGCAGUGCAAUCGCGCCUACAUCCAAGAGGUCAUCUCGCGCGAUGAGGGUCUACAGCGAUCAUGCAGUAUUUUCAAUGCGAGCUCGUUCGAAGCCGCUUUGCCCAGAUCCUGGCGCGCCAAUGGAUCUUCGCCGCCAGAGACCUUCGACGCGUCUGCCUCAUUAGAAAGCGUACUGGAAGCUAUCCACGACGUCUCUACGUGGCUGAAUUCCAGCCGCUUCUCGCAAUGGAUGCAUUCCUCGAGCCCAAAGACCCGGGGGGACGUCGUCAAGGGCUUGUUGGAAUGCGGGCUGGCCUCACUCAGUCGGUUCGGCGUCUCAGGAGGCGACGCCAACCCGGAGCUCUUCUCCACCGCGUUCCUCAACGUUCUGGAUCUUUGGGUUGUUUUGGACCAGGCGGCGACGGAGGCUAUCCCUCUGCUUGCUCAGUACCGCCCGGAUAUCACGAUCGAAUCCUUCGAGGCCCUCUUGCUUCGUGAUCGGUCGUCGAUGGAGCGGUUGUCGCGCAUCGAACAAUACUUAUCGACCAGGAUGUCCUGUGCCUCGUACGGGUCGCCAUUCCAUCUUAACCCUUGGACCAACUGCGUGAAUUCCUUUGCCGCCCGCUUCGCGCGGGACAACGUCGAACUCUGUCGUCUACGCGCCGACAUCGAGGACGCGGCGAGGUCCAAGCGACAGCAGAAACGAGCAGAGCUCGCAUCUCUGGAGGAACAACGUCUAUCCCUGCUGGCUCAGGCCGAGGGCAUGGCUUGUCAAUACACUGUGACCAUUGACUACUGGGGUGAAGAGUGUAGGCAACACUCGGGCGGGUGCGAGAAGUGUAGCUUGGAGAAACAAGCCAAGAACCUUCACAUCACCGUCUUUGAGGAGCCUUUGCCGGCAGAUACGCAUCUCGCAGACGCUCUGGUCUUCGAACUGAAGGUCCCAAAGAUGUUCUCCAUCUGGCGAUCAGCGACUUUCAACUUGAUCAUGGCAUUCGCGUCGGACCUCGUCGUAGAGAAGCGCGAGGCGCAUCACGCUCUCGACAAAUACACGGACAUGCAACGCUCCAUGUUUGGUCGCGCCGCGGGACAGGUAGAUCAUCACAUCACCCUUGCGUCCGACCACAAGUCCUUUCUCAUCGCCCACUACAACACAUGCACCCUGCCCUGCAGCGAGGACAGCGUUCUGAAGAAUCAUGGACCUCGAUGGUGGCCUUACGAGCGUUCGGUUGGCAGAUAUCUCCCUUCGCCUAUGCCCGCAAUGGAUCUACGCAGUCACUGCACGCCCUCUCCCUUGACCGGAGCAUACCAGUCUCUGAAUUGGACCUUGUCUCACACGACCCAUACACCGAACAUGGUCAUCGCGAGACAAUCCGAAUGCGAUAAUCAGCUCUCGCUUCACGAAUGGGCAGCGUUCGGACAGCUUCGUGCGGGUCUCCGAUUGCAGUGGCACAACGUUGUCCUCGCGAUCGAGAUGGAGGCGUUGAAGCUCGCGGAGCCAGCCGUGCAUACCCUCAUUCGGCAGGCAAUGCUUCAGGCCGAGAAAGCCACGCCAACCCAUGCAUACGCGCGCGAGGCUCAUGUCGCCCCUUCGUGCGGGGAGUUCGCUCGGCAGGCGCUGGAUGUUCUUCGCCGUCAUUGCUCAGCAUGCGCAGAGAAUUGGGAGGGGGCGUGGGCCGCAUCAACCUUGUCGUUGGUGGGCAAUCGUGUGUACGAGUUGUUACCGGAGGUCGCGACGGGCGCAGCGUCAGUGCGGAGCCAGAUGAGGACGUUCUUACGCACAGACCUGCGGCGCGUUUGCAUGAACUGGAUUCGGGAGAUCUCCGUAGUCUUGCGUGAAGCAGGGCCCGACACGUCCAGCGACACGAGGAACGCCCUGUGCCAUCGGCUCAUUCAAGUCUGCGUCGCUGCCCGUGACACCUAUUUCAUACAAGACGCCGUUUUCGACAACGCCGACGCCGUGUCCGACUACCUCGAAUGCGCUCUCGUCCUGCAUCAGCAAGUGCCUCCCAGGCUGUCUCAAUUACCCAGCUCCUUGCGUGCCCUCGUCCAGAACGACCUCCUUUCGUCUCGUGCUCUGCUUCGUGCUCUCAAGGCCGCAAUCGAGGAUGACAAUACCGGCAUCGACGACGCUAUACGAAAGACAUGGCCUGGGUUUGCAAGGCUCACGAACACGACUUGGCAUCCCGUUGCUGGUACCCCAUGGGUGACUUGUCGCACAUCGACUAAUCAGGGCAUGCAAUCGCGAGUCGUGCACGUCAACCUCCUCGAUGGCUCUAUCUACGUGGACGGCGCCUCCUUCCAAGCACUACCACAGAGCAUCCUGCAGCAUUCAUUGUAUCAAGAGGUGUUCCCAGCUCGGUAUCAAAUGCAAAUCCUACCAUCGACUAUGGCGGGUAUGACAUACCAAUCGCAGUAUACAAUCGAAGGACACGAGGUGCAUUUCCUUGCUGUGGGGUCUGAUCUGGUCAUUCGAGUUCGCGACCAAGACGACGCCGUGUCAGAGUUCGUCCCCCGAAGCAAACUCGAGGGCGACAUCCCCAACAUAAUCCUCGUCGAUUGCAUCGCCCUCUAUCGCACGGACACGAACCAGCUUGACUUCACACCAAGAAGCAAGAUCGGAUGGAACCCGUGUGCUUCCGCGACAUGGACGCUAUAUGGUGUGGCUACGUCUCCUCAGCUCGUCUCUGCCACCGUGCAAACGCGCCAAGGACUGUGCCCGCACAGUGCGCUGGUCGCCCGUCUCGGUGACGCUUUGGUGUCGCUCGAGAGCUCGUCUCUGAACAUCGUCGUGACGACGACCGGGAUUGAAGGGCAGAAUCAAAGAGUAAUCGCCCAUCUGCCACGAUACAAGCUCGAGUUCUAUUUCGAUGAAAAAGGAUGCCUGGCCUCUCAAGAGUUUCCGGGCUGCACCGUGUCUACUUCACGUGAUAUCGGAGCGCUCUACGGCGUCGAAAAACUCGUGCUUGAGGACCGCAAACGCUCUAGCAAACGGCUCUUGCUCCCGACUGGUAGCAUCACCGUCGAGUCCCAGCUGUGUCAUCCUCGCAUUACCGUUCACCCGAUUGCUGAUCCCGCCGCGCAUAUUCGAACACAUGUAUUCGAUGUAGACCUGUCGGUCGGCCAAAUCAAGCCUGAUGGGGGGCUGGACAGCUGGCUGAUGCUGGUCUACCUCCACGCCCUGUCGUCGUCGCAUCAACGUGACCCUCUCACGGACGAGCGUGGGGUGGACAGGGCGAUAAGGAUGUUGCAGUCCGCGUCGUCAUUUGCGUUCACUGCCUUAUCUCCCGCGGAAAUGAGCUUACUAGCUCAAAUUGCGGCUUUGACUCCUGUCCGACACUUCUACCCCAAGCAUCUCAAGGUCAUGGAGACGACGAAUUGGCACGCAUCUCUGUCCCCGCUUACGCAGAGCGACCUCUUUGCUCCGCUCGUCGCGGAGAUCGUGUCGUUCGCCGAGCAGAGGUCCGUCUUCGACGGGCCUUCUGACGGGUCCAAUGGAACUGCGCCGAUAUACAAUGGCGCAGAGCAUCUGCGACAGCGAGCGCACAAUCGGAACGCGCGACUAUCGCCCUACACAACGGACAUGGAGCAAUACGCUGACAGAAGUGUACAUCCAGUGGAUACUGCGUACAUUCUGGACAACAAAGCUGAGAAGAGCCGUCUGUUGCAAGUGCAAAGCAUUGCCUUCCACUCACACACAUGGGAUACGAACGUCGACACUACUACGCUGCUUUGGCGGCGUUUCACGAAAUGGUCUUCGUUUUCGACGACACCCAGCGACUUCCCGCUUUCUCGACCAUGUCUGCUCUCGGCCUUCUCAUCGGCGGAGAUCUGGUUCACCUUGUACGCACGAUGCACCUCUGCGCGGGAUCCGCCCUGCAGAUUCUCCCUUGCGUUCACUCUCGCUUUUGUGAUGUAUGGGAAGGGUCUGGCAGAUGACUUGAUACAUUCUGUCCUGAGCCUCGCUGUCCAUCAACCCAACGAAGGCCCAGAUCUUGUAACGGCAAAUUCGAGUCUCCCCCUAUGCCCUAUCACUCUCAGUGAUGGAUGGGAGGUGUCGGCGGCAAGCGCGAAGAAGCUUGAGGAUCUCAUCGACCAGCAAAGUGUCCCGUUCAACCAGUCUUCCGAGUAUCGCAUCACCAAGUUGGUUGGCGAGGGCCCGAAGGCGCACAAGAAGCGGUGUAAGCGCGCAUACGACGAAAACCUCACGCAACAGACAAAGGUCAUUGUCCGGGAGCUUAGUGGCCAGUGGCCGUGCUCCAAACCGGACUGGUCUCGCCUCCUCACAGCAAAUUACCCUCUGGUGAAGGUCUCCAAGCUAUCAUCCAGGGUUAAUGCGUUGUUCGAAUCGAUGGAUCGGAAUCGUCGACUUCAUCGUCACGCCUCCAUCGUGCAAGCCAUCCUCGACCGCGUCCGCCGCAAACGUGCUCUACCAGCGCUUCUUCCUAUACCUACGCUUUCAUCCGUCACCAAGCCAAGGCCGGCGUACGACCCUCCCAAUCUCCUGUCUCUGAUGGCGACGAGAAAUGCACCCCCGGAGGCAACAAUGAAGGUUCGCGUGCGGAUAGUCGACAAGUCCGCCGGGCAGUCGAAUUCGCCCCACGUUCCGUGCCAUUCCCUGACCGUCUCCACGCUUCUCUCCCGUCUCGCGCCUGAAGAUGGCUUCGGGGCGCAGUACAAGCGAGACCUCUCUGCGUGUGCUGACGCGAUGGCUCGGUUGCCCUCUUCCAGCACCACGGCGCUCUCGUACUCCAUACAAGAGGUUGCGACACUGCCUCAUGAAAAUAUGGUCGAUGCCUUAAAGGCCAUGAACCCAUUCGAAUCGGCGCUAUAUGAGAUUGGGAACUGGCCAAGUCUGGGCGUUCGUAGCCUGUUGGCGUACCUCGCCCUCCCACUCCGUCACAAGCUUGCGAGUCGCUCGUGGAAGACGGCGUUGAUACUAUUUGCCAAGACACUAGUCCAACGACAAAGAGAACGACGGCUGGAUGUCCUGCAGGGCGCCGAUCUGGAUAGGGAAAUAGCCACGAUUGUGGGCCAAGGCUACGAUGCGGACGAGAAUCCAGACUGGCUUCUCGUACAAUUGGAUAGUAACGUGACGAUCCGCGCGGUGCAGGCUGAGAUAGCCCGGUGUAUGAUGAGUGUUCAAAACAGGGUCAUGCAGCUCAACAUGGGCGAAGGGAAAUCGUCGAUCAUCAUACCCAUCACCGCUGCAGCAUGUGCCAACGGCGAAGAUCUUGCCUGCGUUGUCGUUCUUAAGCCGCUAUGUUCUCAAAUGUUCCACCUGCUCGGCCAGCGCGUCUGUGGUCUCGCCAAUCGUCGACUCUAUUACCUUCCAUUCAGUCGCGAUACGCCGAUAGCUGCCGACGAUAUCAGGACCAUUGGACGCAUGUUCGAAGACUGCGCCCAGUCCGGCGGAGUUCUCCUUUGCCAGCCAGAACACCUCCUAUCCUUCCAGUUGAUGGGUAGUAGCAUGCUCUGCACUCACGGAGACCACACCGACACGCAAUCACUACUGCGAAUCCAGCAAUGGUUGACUGAUCGCUCUCGGUUCAUCCUCGACGAGAGCGACGAGAUUCUGAGCCACAAGUACCAGCUCAUAUACACCAUGGGAAGCCCUGGUCCUCUAGAGGGCCACCCGGAGCGAUGGCUUCUGCUCCAACAGGUGCUGGGCCUGGUCAAUACCAACGCCGUAGAAGUUCUACGCACGCAUCCGGCUGACAUCCAGGUCGAGGCCGGCCACGACUCGGUUCAACACUUCCGUCGUAUUCGCAUACUCACAGAUACGGCUUACAACGAACUGGCCGCAUUAUGUGUUGACGAGAUCGUCCAUCGAAAUGCCAUAGCCCUCCUGCCUUUCCGAAGCUACCCCGCCAGGCGCAUUGACUCGGUCCGCGAGUUCAUCUCCGUCCUUGACGUGGACUUCGAGGCGGCGCAAGAUCUCGAGGCGUAUUGCGGCGAUUCGUACCCCCAUCUCCUACUCUUACGAGGUCUGUUCGCGCAUGGCAUACUGAAGCUUGCCUUCAAGGAGAAACGCUGGCGGGUGGAUUACGGGCUGGACUUGAGCCGAUCGCGACUGGCUGUCCCGUAUCGCGCGAAAGACUCCCCCGCAUUAAGAGCCGAAUUCGGACAUCCCGACGUUAUCCUGACGCUCACCUCACUAUCCUACUAUUACGGCGGACUAUCAGACGACGAGCUCGACACGUCCUUCGACCGGCUUCUUAAGACGGACAACCCUGCAUUGCGUUACAACGACUGGAUCAGAGACCUCGAUCUUCCGCCUAGCCUACAGACACUGAAGGGCAUCAACUUGAAGGACGCCAACCAGCGCUGCAGUGUGGUGUACCCGAGCCUCCGACGCGUCAAGUCUGUCGUCGACUUCUACCUAUCCGAAUGCGUCUUUCCAAAGGAGGCUCGGCAGUUCGAGCACAAGUUGACUACCAAUCCUUGGGAUCUUGCUCGCCGCAAAGGCCGUCCUACCUCAGGGUUCAGUGGCACGAACGACAACAAGUACCUCCUGCCGACCUCCAUCGUGCAGGAAGAUAUCCCGUCUCAGCUGCACACGAAUGCUCUGGUCCUCGAUCACGUCCUUCGCCCAGAGAAUCGGACUGUUCUUUGCAAGGACUGCGACGCCGUCGGCAUCAUUGCGGAGGUCGUCACCUGCACCCCUGCAGUAUCCGUGAUCUUGGAUGUCGGCGCGCAAGUGCUAGAGCUGGAGAACGAGGACAUGGCUCGUCGUUGGCUUGAGAAGGACACCAGGCCCAGCAUAGAGGCUGCCAUCUACUUCGGUGUUGACGAUGAGUUGUACGUGCGCACGAGGGACGGGCGUGUAGAGGAAUUGCGGAGAUCCUUCUAUCGCGAUCAGUUGGGCAAGACGCUCGUUUACCUAGACGAGGCACAUACACGGGGCACGGACCUCAAGCUUCCGGAGGGGACGCGAGCGUUGGUGACACUUGGACCGAAGCUGACAAAGGAUAAGCUCAUGCAGGGCUGUAUGAGGAUGAGAAAGCUGGGCCGCUCCGAUGGCCACUCGGUCCUUUUCCUGGCUUCCAGCGAGAUCCAAGGUCGUAUCAGGGACUGUAUACGCGAAGAGAAGGCACAGCUGGAGUCCUCUGACGUUCUCAUAUGGACGAUACAUGAGACCAUACGGCAGACGACGGAAAGCGGCGCACUGUGGGCAAACCAGGGUCUUAACUUCGACGCUCGUCAGUCGGGAUGGGAGGCUUUUGAGGCCAGUGGUCGUGUGAAUCACGCUGCACUUGCUCGUGUGCUGCGCGAGCCCGAAGCGCACCCGCUCAAGGAGCUUUAUGGGCCGCGCGAUGUCACGCCAAGCUCUGCAGACAUGGGGCAACAGACUGCACGUCAACGCGAAAUAUACCGUCGCUGCGAAGAGUUCGGAUUCGCGGUGUCGCGCAGCAGCCGCCUGCUGGAAGAGCAGGAGCGCGAACUUGCCCACGAGAAGGAGACGGAGCGCGAGGUCCAGCGCGCCCCUCCAGCGAAGCCGAAGCCGCAUGCCGUUGAUCCAGCACUCAAGUCCCUUGUCAAGACCGGGACCUCGACGUUCCUUCGCUUCAGCACUUUGCACGACUGCCUUGCCGUCACCUCAGUCUACAAUGCCAUUCGUAGCACGUCAACCAGGUUCUUCCAGAAAGGCCGGCAUAUCCUUGCGACGAAAGACUUCGUAGAGACGAUCGUGCUGUCACCCGCGGCGCACAACCAGAAGGAUGGCUUCAUACGCCCUGUGCAGUGGAUCAUCUCGACGAGGAACUUUCCUGACGUGCUCCUGCUCGUCAGCCCCUUCGAAGCGAACGAGAUCAUCUCGAACAUCCGUCAAUCGCCUGACGUACGCUUACAUCUCUACGCCCCGCGAGUCUCGCGCAACACGCGCGCGUUCGACGACUUGACCUUCCUCAUCACGCCGUCGCCGGCUGCGACGUCCUGCUUGCCGCCCACCAAUGCGACGAUACACGAGCUCAACUUCUUCGCCGGCAAUCUCUUCCUGCGGAAUGAGGCCGCGUACCGAGAGGUGUGCCAGCUCCUCGGGCUCUAUCUUGGAGAGAUCCCCGACGCGCUGAAGGGCAAGGUCGGUGUGGACGGGUUCGUGUCGCAGCCGGCUGACCGUGCGGCGCUGGGCGUUGUGGCCUGCCUGUUCGAAAAGAGCCCGAGCGCGGUGCUCCGAGCGCUCAUGGACCUUCGUCGCAAGGGGCAGGGAUUCCUCCUCACGCACAUCGGGCAGAUGCUAUAUGGUAAUGAGGUCGGCAGCGACGAGUUCUGAAUGGGCCUGCGAAUGAGUCUUGAAAGUGUACCACUGGUGAGCAUGCGAUGGUGAGGGGUGCGCGAGCGUAUGUGCGGCGGAGAUUGUAUUUGACUCAGAGUUGGACUUGUCCAGGACAUUGCGGCUGCGAUCUUGGUAUGAUGUCUGGUGUUCUUGUAGGGCUGCGCAUACGACCUUGGAAUAAGUUGAUCUUGUGUACUCUGUAUGUUCUGCGUCUGAACCGGAAUAUGGUUGCUGUUGUAUACGCG